ACGCCCAACUCGGCUCCAGAAACACGUUGGACUGAGUUGUCAGUGAAUCCGGCGCCAGUCGUUUGUUAUAAGUUCGUGUUAACUCGGUCCGUCGGGACGAGGGGAGCCGGUGUGGCUCGUUGUUCUGUGUGAUUCCAGAGACCAUGCUGCCUUUUGAUCAGUCAGUCCGGGAGGAAGCUGCAAACCUGCAGAGCUGAGCUACAACCCACCGAUUACUCUGAGGGAUCAUUUCACUGCCUCCAUCAGACAUGAGAGCCACGUUAGUGCUGCUGCAGCUCGUCUCCUGCUGCUGCUGCCUGGUCAGCGCCACUCUCUCAAAGACUGAUGCCAGGAAGUCUCACAAAUCUGAGGCCCAGAGUCAGACGUCUGCAGCUGAGCUAUCUGUGCUGGACAGAGGCCUGGUAGUGUCGGACCCGCAGUGGAAAGACAUCGUGAAGGAGGAGAAGAGACACGCUGCUCUCAUCAAGAGAACCUUUCCAGGAGCGGUGCUGGGAUAUGUCACACCUUGGAAUUCUCACGGUUAUGACGUGGCCAAAACGUUCGGCCCCAAACUGACCUCAGUGUGUCCGGUGUGGCUUCAGCUCCGCCGACGAGGACAUGAGACCUUUGACGUCACGGGGAUCCACGAUCACGACACGGGAUGGGUCAAAGCUGUGCGCAAGUCCAACAAAAAAAUCAGGAUGGUGCCCCGGCUGUUAUUCGACGGCUGGUCUUACCAGGACUACAUGAGCGUGCUGGGGAGCGAGGAGGAGAUAGAGGAGCUGGGCAGUGAGCUGGUGGAUGUUGCGAAGACUGAAGGAUUUGACGGCUUCACCUUGGAGCUGUGGAGCCAGCUGGGCGGCAACAAAAGAAAGGAGCUGGUGCAUUUAGUGAAACACAUCUGUGAGACGUUGAAGGCUAAAAGAUUGGACUGCAUCCUCGUCAUCCCUCCUGCAGUGACAAGUGAGGGGCAGCCAGGUAUGUUCGGCAGGGAGGAGUUUGAACAGCUGGCUCCAGUGGUCGAUGGAUUCAGCCUCAUGACGUACGACUACUCCAGCGGUUCCAGGCCAGGGCCGAGCGCUCCGCUGGCCUGGGUGAGAGACUGUGUUCUCCAGCUGGCACCCGACACCCAGUGGAGGCAGAAGAUCCUGUUGGGACUGAAUAUGUACGGACUGGAUUUUGGAAGUCAGGGAACAGAGCCCAUCCUGGGAGGAAGGUUCAUUGAGCUCCUGCGAGAACACAGGCCCAAGCUUCUGUGGGAUGAGUAUUCUGCAGAGCAUUACUUCACUUACAGAAGGAGCAAUGCAGCUAAACAUGUGGUUUACUAUCCUACACUGAAGUCAAUCUACCUUAGAAUGUCUUUAGCCUCUGAACUGGGAACUGGAAUUUCCUUAUGGGAACUGGGACAAGGACUGGAUUACUUCUAUGAUCUCCUAUGAGAGCGUGAACUUGUGAGUGAAGACUGAGGCACCUCAUCACGAGGAUUUCCUUUCUCUGGAACACGGUGCACCAGAAACACUCUCGCUGGUGCCGAUAUAAUUUUUCUUUUUUCCCCCCGAGCAACGGAAAAUGAAAUGAAGCCUGAAAUGAGCCGCUAACAGGUUUUAUUCUAUACUCGACCAGUCAUGAAAGUUUUAACAAGUUCUGCCUUCAUGAGUGAUACAUGGAUUUGUUUAUUAAAACGGUACAAGCAGCAGCCAAUAGGUACUUCAGUAUGUUUUCUUCCUGUUAUUCUGUGAUGGCGUGUAAAUGAAAUCUACUUGUACAGUUCAGUGCAAUAUCUCCAUCCAGCACAAGGAGCAUGACCAUCAGUCUGUACAAAAUUUGAAUGAAUCAAUAAGCAUCUGCUCCUCAAAAAAAGUUUUCUCUGUUUCUGUUGUUUUAAAUCUUCAGAUCAAAAUGUUCAAUUCUGCAUAUUUUAAUAGAUUUUUAACGACAGCAUUGACAAGUGAUGAAGUUGUAUUUACAGUGUGAGAAGACGUCUGUACUGACUCGGCAUCUUCCAGUAUUGGUCCGAGAUGAAUGUUUGUUCAAUGACUUGAAUAUAAAUGUGAAACAAUAAGCUGUUGUGCUCCUGA